UUUUGUGGGUGGGGGGUGCGUUUGAUACCACGCAUGCGCAGUGUCAUACCGGCGACGGCAGUACAAACGGUGGCCUAGCGAAUAACAACAAGGGGAUUACAGAGCUCAAUUUGACAGGCUGCACAAUGAGUCAGGGUAAGGACAAUGCACGACUCAAGAGCUACAAGAACAAGUCCCUUAACACAGAUGAAAUGAGAAGAAGGAGGGAAGAGGAAGGCCUACAGCUUCGCAAGCAGAAGAAGGAUGAACAGCUUUUCAAGAGGAGGAAUGUUGCCACAGUGGAGGAUGAUGGCCUCCCGGAGGACGAUGGGAUGGCAGAUAGUGGCUAUCUGGAGUCCCAGGCUAACAACAUGGACCCACUCACGGGUGGGGUGAUCUCUGAAGACAUGACUCAAAUGAUCUUCUCCAGUACUCCUGAGCAGCAGCUUAUAGGCACUCAACGCUUUAGGAAGCUCCUUUCUAAAGAGCCCAACCCACCCAUUGAUGAAGUCAUUGCCACUCCAGGGGUGGUGGAGCGCUUUGUUGAGUUCCUAAAGAGGAGAGAAAACUGCACAUUGCAGUUUGAGGCUGCAUGGGUGUUGACCAACAUUGCAUCAGGUACAUCCCAUCAGACUCGGGUGGUAAUCCAGGCAGGAGCUGUGCCCAUUUUCAUAGAGAUGCUCAGCUCGGAUUUCGAAGACGUACAGGAACAGGCAGUGUGGGCCUUGGGAAACAUAGCAGGAGAUAGCACAGAAUGCAGAGACUUUGUCAUAGACUGCAACAUUCUGCCUUCCCUGGUGCAGUUAUUAGCCAAACAGAAUCGUCUAACUAUGAUGAGGAAUGCAGUGUGGGCGCUCUCAAACCUGUGCAGAGGAAAGAACCCACCUCCAGACUUCACUAAGGUGUCUCCGUGUCUCAGUGUGCUGUCUUGGCUACUGUUCGUCAAUGACACAGACAUCCUGGCUGAUGCAUGCUGGGCACUCUCCUACCUAUCUGAUGGCCCCAAUGACAAAAUCCAGGCUGUUAUUGACUCAGGAGUCUGUCGCAGGCUGGUGGAGUUGCUGAUGCACUCUGAUUAUAAGGUGGUAUCCCCUGCACUGCGAGCUGUUGGAAACAUAGUCACUGGAGAUGAUCUGCAGACACAGGUGAUUUUAAACUGUUCAGCACUGCAGUCCCUACUUCACCUCCUGAGUAGCCCCAAGGAGUCCAUCAAGAAGGAAGCCUGCUGGACGAUCUCCAACAUCACCGCAGGGAACCGAGCACAAAUCCAGAUGGUGAUAGAUGCAGGCCUGCUGCCUCCUCUCAUCACUAUCCUGCAGGUAGCAGAGUUUCGCACAAGGAAGGAGGCAGCCUGGGCCAUAACCAAUGCCACCUCAGGGGGCUCUGCAGAGCAAAUUAGGCACCUUGUGGAUCUCGGCUGUAUAAAACCUCUGUGUGACCUGCUCACACUUAUGGACUCCAAAAUAGUUCAGGUGGCUCUAAAUGGCCUUGAAAACAUCCUGCGACUGGGAGAACUGGAGGCCAAGAGGGGAGGAGGCAUCAACCCUUACUGUGCACUCAUUGAAGAGGCCUAUGGUCUGGACAAGUUGGAGUUCCUGCAGGGCCACGAGAACCAGGAAAUUUACCAGAAAGCCUUCGAUCUGAUCGAGCGCUACUUCAACACUGAAGACGAGGACCCGUCUCUGGCUCCAGCCGUUGAUCUGCAGCAGCAGCAGUUCCUCUUCCAGCAGUGCGAGGCCCCGAUGGAAGGCUUCCAGCUAUAAUGCUUAAUCCUCCCUCCCCAUGUGCUUCACCUUCAUCCUCACCUCUGCUCAUUUCUCCCUACUCUCUGCCCACUGCCACGAUCAAGGGUUACGAGUAAACUCUCAGCUGCCCUUCUCCUUCCCUUCUCAUUGUCAGAGAGUUUGAUUUAAUCAUUAUCAUGAUUAUGAAAAAUGUAACAUUACAGGAGCACGUGUGUGCGUAUGUCCAGCGUGGGUGAAGUUCUGCAGUCUUGUCAGCCAGUUUGUAAAGGUUUCACUCAUCAUUCUGUCUUGCGCUGAGCUCACCUCUGCGCCUGAACCCCACCUACCUGCUCAGGCCCCGGCAUCUCCUACUAGCAGAUUGUCCCUGUAACACCACCUCUGUUGUACUUUGUGGAUUUCCUCAGCUCAUCCCAAAAAAGCACUUCUUGCCGUAGGAUUGGCAAUCCCUAUCUUCAAUAAGUGGGAGUUUGUAGGACUGCACUGCUUGUCUGAUUGAAGCAUUAAUGACUCACAAGACAGACAAACAUGGACGUGAUUUUUACCCCCCUUACACACACACACACACACACACACACACACACACACACACACACACACACACACACACACACACACACGCACACACACACAGAAGAAUGAUCUUACCUAAACACUGGACUGACCAUGAGACGUUGACCACAUUUGACUGUGGUCUUCAGACUGAACUGCCCACACUGGGGCCACGUCGCCAGUCCCAACCCCAACCCAAGGACUCUACUGACCUCUACAGAAGGCACUUCAACGACUCAAAAAUGGAGGUUGAAUUCUAUCACCUCCUCUCUGGCCAUUGGAUAAGUGACCACAGAUGGACAUAUUAGGAACUUGACUGUGUCGCUGAGGGGUGGAGCUUGUCAGUGACAUACCAGGCUGCUCUGCGUUCCCUCCUGGAUCUCAUAUCAUGCAUUCCUUUAUAUCCGGUAAUGGGACUUUCCACCUGCACAGGCUUCAUCCUGAAGAGUUUAGACUGCCUCUGGUGUGAUGUGAAUAACCCCAUGGAACCAUGGGAAUUUGAGUCUUCCCUCGCACUGAGACCAUUACACAGACUUGGACGAGACAAAACAGACUAUUUAACCCUGGAUUCUGUCCAGCAGCAGACCAGCGGGAAUUUGUAUUAUCUUACCAUAAUUGCAUUUCAUUUGCAGCACUUUAGUUCAGGACUGAUGCCUGCUCUUUGAGAAUAUACCGUAGUUUUUACGUUAACUAUUUAAUUGGUUCAUGACACGCUUCCUCAGGAAGCGAGGUUUAAAGACGUGUGGUCUGAAUCCUCGGUCCCCUUCUGGUAUGACAAGGAUUACAAUGUACUUUACUGUUUUACCCUUCCCACUGAAAAUCUUAGCACACUAAUUGCAACCAGUAGAUCAUGCUGCCUCAGCAAAGCUAGAAGAACUGUAUUGUGACAAAGUAAACCAGACUCUCAGAAAAUUGUCUGUUUAGCUGUGAGCAGUCGGUUCAGGUAGUAUUUUCCAAUUUGAUCAUGCCAUAUCAUCUACACAUCAGCUAUUUGGUCUAAAGUUGGUCUUUUUUAAAAAUGUUUUUUAGUUGGGGUUAGCAUCUGCCAUGUUGCUGAUGGUGCCAUAAUCCUAAUUCUACAGGAAUCCUAGAUAAUUUAAACAAAAAUCCAGAUAAAAGCUUGAAAAUACUGGUGAUCACCUACCUUAGCAAAUGUAUGUUUGUUUACCAAGUUCUCUUAACAUUGCUUACUUUUAUCAAAAUCUCUGCAAGAGAUGACCAGCUCUAUAUGUUAAUUACUGUUUGUUGUAUUGAGUUUGUGCAACUGUCCCUCGUUAUGCCAUUUGCAUAAAAGCUGUUUCAUGAACCACAGUGUAAGUGAAUCAGUUUCAUUGUAGUUUGUGUACAGGGUGAAUCUUUUUGAAAAUCAUUUUCCUUGAUCAAAUUACUGCCAUACAGCUAAAGAAAUGUACCUCUGUGUAAAGCAGCAACUAAUGCUUAUUCAUAUUAUCAAUUAAUCUGCAGAGUGUUUUCUCAACUAAUCGUUUGGUCUACAGUGAAAAAUAACAAUUUUAUUUAGACCUCGGGCUUAAGAGUUGCAGUUUAUAUGAAACCAGAUCAGGUCAUUAAAUCAGAUGGGAAUUCUCAAGAAGCAAUACUUUAUUUAAGUGAUUUUCUUUUUUUUCUUUUUUAAUGGUGCUCACUAUAUACAAACAGAUGUCACAUCAGUCAUAAACAAACCUGCCGAAUUACAUGAAUAGCAGGACACAACAGACCGUUGUGCAGAUGAAUCAUGUCUCUUUCUUGAAGUUCUCUUAAGAAAACAAACCAUUUCAAACUCUUCAGGGCUUUCUUCAUAAGACUGUUGCCUCUGAGGCAAAU